GGUUAUUUGAUCGUUUAUAUUUUGUUAAUUAUAUAAAAUGGAAGUUGAAUUUAGUAAAGAAGAGUUCUUUUUACCCGAAAUCAAAUACGAAUAUUUGGAUCAUACCGCCGAUGUACAAUUACAUGCUUGGGGAGAGUCACUACUCGAAACAUUUGAGCAAUGCGGAAUGGCGAUGUUCGGUUACAUGACAGAAUUGGAUUAUGUUACUGUUACUAAUUGUUAUCAAAUUGAAGCGAAAGCCGAUGAUGUGGAAGGCUUACUAUUUCAUUUCUUGGAUGAAUUGUUAUUUUUAUUUUCGGCUGAGCCAUUUUUAAUAUGCAAACGAUUGGAAAUUACAAAAUUUGAUAUGGAAACAUUUGAAAUUGAGUGUCGCUGUUACGGCGAGCCAUUCGAUUUGGAUAAACAUCCGCAAGGUACCGAAGUGAAAGCCAUAACGUAUUCAGCCAUGCAAAUUGUCCAAGAACCUGAAAGAAAUCAUUACGAAGUAUUCGUUAUAAUCGAUAUUUAAUUAGUGAAUAUUUUAAGAAAAUUUAAAAGCUUCAAAAAGCAUCGACUUUUGUAAAUAUAUAAAAAAUAUAUAUAAAG